AUGAGAGAAGAGAUGGACUUCAAAAUGUAUCAUUUGCUUUGUAAUUUGUUUGAUGAAGUUAUGCAUGUGAAGGCAGACCUCAGAGAUACUUAUCACCAGUUCCCACGGCAUAAUUUCCCCAAAACUAAUGUUCCUGGAGUCGUUGAUUUUCUCUUGAGAAAGCUAAUGGAUAUGCUGAAGUAUAAUCCGAUAUCAAUUGCACCUGUGAAGCAUCAGAUUCAAACAAUCAUUGGGGAUCUAAAGUUCUUUAGGUCUUUCCUAAGGGACGUUGUUGAGCAGGACAUUGAGAAUCAACAAGUCCAAGAUCUCGGUGCACGUGUUAUCAAUAUGGUUUAUGAGAUUGAAUAUCUCUUAGAAGAUACUGGACUUCUUAAGAUUCAGAGUAGAGAAAUUUAUGAGAGGAAGGCCGCUGAUAUCAUAGUCCCGAAAGUCACCCAGGCCUCUCAACGUGAGAUAUCCCAAUCUAGUGUCCCACAAAUUGAUGAAAUUGUGGUAGAACUCCAUGAUCAAGAACAAGCAAUAUUUGAUAGACUCACAUGGGGAUCCUUGCAGAGAGAUUUGGUAGCUAUUGUUGGCAUGCCAGGAAUAGGCAAGACAACUAUGGCAAAGGAAGUGUUCAACGAUCCUAAGAUUUCGUAUAACUUUCAUGUUUGUGCCUGGUGUCAUGUAUCACAAGUGUACAACAAACGAAAUCUAUUGCUUGACAUUUUAAGCAGCAUCUCUAAGCCUAAUGCCGAUACUCUUCAAAUGGGUAAUGCAGAUUUGGAGUUAAUGUUGUAUCAAAAGCUGAAGCAGAAAAGGAAUCUUAUAGUUGUGGAUGAUAUGUGGAACACUGGGACUUGGGAUGACUUGGAAAAAUCCUUACCUAGUGACAGAAAUGGGAGUAGGAUUUUAAUAACUAGUCGUCUUCACGAUGUAGCUCUAAAAGCUAAACCAGAUAGCAAGCCUCAUUCUCUUCGUCUACUCUCCGAUAGUGAAAGUUGGGAUCUGCUACAGAGCAAGAUAUUUCAUGAUCAAGACUGUCCAGCGGCACUGUCAGAAAUUGGAAUGCAAAUUUCUAGAAGUUGUGGAGGACUACCCCUGGCAAUUGUUGCAAUAGCUGGUGUCCUCGAAAGAACUGAUAGAACACGAGAUUGGUGGCAUCAAAUUGCGGAAAGUAUGAGCUCGCAUAUUUUUGAUAAUCCAGAAAUGCAGUGCAAGGUUAUUGUGGAACUAAGCUACAAGCACUUGCCAGAUCAUUUAAGACCAUGCUUUUUGUAUUUUGGAAUUUUCUGGGAACAAAAAGAUAUUCUUGUUUGA